AUGCUUGGCUUCUUUGUGCAAACUAUUGUCAAACGUUGGUUAGUACUAUUUGAAAAUAUGGGCUACAUUGAAAGCACAUCGAUAUAUAUCGGUGGAUAUGUAUAUGGUACAGAUGACAAAUCACGUUUAUUACGUCGAACAAUGGCACGUUACUUGUGUUUAACAUAA